UGGCUCAACAUUUGCUCAGCAUGCUUAUACCGGUGUGCGUCACAGUAUAUGCAUCCCUAACAGUAGCUGGGAUCUGGGGUUCCGAGGUCAAGACCAGACCGAGAAGGGAUAUAUCGUCAUCACCAUCGAGCUCAUCCACCGUGAUGAUCCUACCGCCGAAUAUCUUAUGCCAGUCGAUAACUGGCCCAGGGGGAACAAGGACGACGCUCCAACCCAAAGUCAUAUCAAGACCACCUGGUAAUAUGCCUGCCAUGUAUAACGUCGAUCGUCAUUUAGUAUGCCGGCUACCAGAUUGCUACACAAAUCCAUGCAAGAAUCAGGGGUCCUGUGAGGAGUCAGUGGACGGACAUAUCUGCAUCUGCUUACCAUGCUUCAAAGGAAGAAAUUGUGAAACUGCAAUAACUGCAAAAAUCUUUAUCAAAUCUUCUGACGGAGUGCCGUAUGUUUCAGCCAUCGAGGAGACUCUGAGCUUCAGUUCUAUUCCGUUCAUACCUCUCACUGGUCGUAUCAAAUAUGAUUCUAUUGAUAAGAAGAUCUACUGGGUAGACAGCGAGUCGAAUGUUGUAUGUCGAGCCGACGAUGACGGGGGAAACAGGGAGACUGUUAAAGAUAAAGGAGCCGAUGGUAUGUAG